AUGCCGAUAAGCGAUGGCGUAGUUGAACACCGUUGUUCCCGCUCAGUAUUUCCGAGCAAAUUCUUUGCAAAGACCAAUUGCAGAGGGCUUUAUGCACUGUUUCAGUGCUAUACAUGCGUAUCUUUGAUCUCUUAUGGUCGGAGAAGUUGUGGAUGUGCAGACUCUAAUCUCAAGUAA